UGGACGUGGUUGUUCAAAAAUGUUCAUUUCUGGGGUUGUUGAAUCGAACUUUAGCGUUGUUUCUCAUCUCCGGUUAACAAUUUGCUCGAAAUUGAAAUAUGUCCUAUCUGUAAUAAUAAAUACCGAUCAACUGGAAGCUCUUCUUAAUGCAGCAUGGCCGCAUUGAAGACUGAAACUUUGUCCCCUGUUGAUAGCGUGACACUUUGUGACGACGGCGGCGUGGGAAUAGACGUCACCAAACAAGAUGUUUUGAGCCAUGAGGAGGGGAAGAUAGGAGGAGAGCAGACUUUGGUCUCCUCCUUCAAGCAGAUGAAGCUGGAGAGAGAUGCGCAGAAAAACUGGGACUUGUUCUACAAAAGGAACACCACGAAUUUCUUCAAGGACAGACACUGGACCAGCAGAGAGUUCGAUGAGCUCAAGACGUGUAGACAGUCUGACUCACACAGGCUAGUCCUGCUGGAGGCGGGAUGCGGCGUGGGCAAUUGCAUCUUCCCUUUGCUGGAGGACCAGGACAACAUCUUUGUCUACGCCUGCGACUUCUCGCCCAGAGCGGUCGACUUUGUCAAAAGCAGGAACGACACAUUUGAUGUUUUCGACCGACAGAAGAACCCUCUGUGCCGUGCUGAUCGCUGCUCGGUAUUCCAGUGCGACCUCACCCGCGACGACCUACGGCACAACGUUCCCGAGGGAAGCGUGGACGUGGCCACUCUCAUCUUCGUGCUGUCCGCCAUCCAUCCCGACAAGAUGGCGCUGGCCGUGCGCAACAUCCACAGGGUGCUGAAACCCGGCAGCGCCGUUCUCUUCCGAGACUACGGUGUGCACGAUCACACCAUGCGGAGGUUCAAAGCCAGCAGCAAGCUGGCAGAUAACUUCUACGUGCGACAGGAUGGAACCAGAUCCUACUUCUUCUCCAAAGAAUUUCUGGCGGCGCUCUUCUCGGACGCGGGCUUCCGCUGCGUCGUUAACGAGUACAUCCAGAGGGAGACGGUCAACAAGAAAGAAGGACUUUGCGUUCCCAGAGUCUUCUUGCAGAGCAAGUUCAUCAAACUGGAAUCAUGAUGCCAGCGGACUCACGGAGAAAGACAAAGAAUGGACAGAACGUUCCAGAAGACAAUGGUUGAGUUUUAAUGUUGUAUAGUUUUUUUUUUUUUUUAACGUAUCAGUCAUUGGUCCAAUUUUUCAAACUACGUAUGUGAUGGGAGUUGUAAACAGCAAUAAAAAUGAAUGACUUUUACAAAUAGUUUUAUUAUUUAAAAUGUUUUAACAUCUAUUAGGGGAAACCCUAAAUGUUAAUUAUUUUACUUCAGGUCAUAAGCCCAUGUAGAAAGGAUGACAUUGAAUAUUCGCAUGGCUGAAUAAAUGUAAAAUAAAAUGGGUUCUGCUUUUGUUGAGUGAAAGGUUCCCAUGAGUCAUCCUGAGGAAGCAGUCAGGAAGUGAAAGCAAGCAAAAGGUUAUGUGACCAACCCUGGCUGCAACGUUUACAUCGCGGUUACUUAACUUCCUCAAAACAUUUGGUAACAAAGCAACAAGUGCAAGUUGGAUUAUCCGGCUGACUGGUUACAGCAUUACACCUUGUAAUUCUGUUAUUUUCUAAUUCUCCCACCGUGUGCAUCUAUAAUGGUAUCUACUUGCCAAUACAUCUUUAGACCCGUCUUAUCUACUAGUUAUCUAUCCAACAUGGGACAACACUAGAAAUGACACAAUGUUAAAUAGUCAGUGUACAGCUUCUGCAUGAGUAAAUUUA